AUGAAAAAAUGUUAUGAAAAAUGUUUCCACUGAAAACAAACUAGUUUUUCUAAUAAUUAAUUUGUUUAAUAAAUUAAGCAAGUAUGAUUUAGUAAUAACAUUUGUGAUAAUCAAUACCACAAAUAUCAUAACUUUGCAUAUGACGCACUUUUUUUUUAUUUAUUUUAAAAAAAGAAUGUUGAGAGUUUUGCAUAUAUUUAAAUGCUUUGCAGUUUGCUCCACACAAAAUUGCACAGAAAUAAGCACAUGUCUAUGGCGGGACCACCCACAAGAAUUUGCACCCAAUACAAGGACAAAGAUAACUCUCUCGAGAGACACGGCACACCAUCGUUGUAAACUAUUUUCAUAUUUUCCUGAUCACAAAAAUAUUCCAGGAAACAAUCGCCAAGAAAAUUAAAAAAUUUGAAAGUUCCAUUACCGCCUGCUAUAGUCCAACGAAAUUCCACUUCUUUUUGGAAUUUUCUUCUUAUCCAAACAAGUAACCACACGGUAAGACCCUCACCACCACAUUUUCGUUUUAAUUCUCACCAAUCCCCCAACCCCAUCUCAGUUUCUGUCUUCUUCUGUUGUCUCUUUCUCAAAAUUCCAAUUUCACUUCACCUUGAAAUUUAUCACUGAAAUUCAAUUCAAAAGCUCAAAACUAAAAAAGUUUUUGGGAGAAUUGAUACAAAUCAGAGUCAUUAGCUUCAAUUCUUUGUAUGCAGACUCUGAUUUGAAUUCUGAGCACAGAGCCUCUUAUCCUUUCUUGAAUUAGAAACUGUUCGUUCGUUCAUGGUAUUAUAUGAAUUGGGGCAUUUCUUUUCUUUCUUUUUUUUUGGUAAAGAAUUUCAACCUUUAGUUCUGAACAAGAUUUCCCGCCAUUUCCAAUUUUGGUCGAUUAUUGAUUAAAUUAGUUUCGUUUCCAUUAAUAUGGAGAGAUUUAGUCAGAGAGAAAACAUUUUACUGGGUUAUAGCCCUCAAAGAGCUCUAGCAUACCAUAACUAUUCCCCCAAAAAGCGUUCACAACACUCAGCUAUUGAUUUUCAUGACGUGUUUGGUGGGCCACUGAGGCGGUCUUCGAAGCAGGAGAUGAGUUACAGUUUCUGUGAAACCAUGAAUUCUAGCAAAAAUUCAAUUGGGGUAGGGGAAAUGCCGGUAUUUGGGGAGGAAACGGUGAAUCGCAGGCGAUAUCCGAGUGAUGAUUUUUUUGAUGAUAUUUUCAAGGGAGAUGAGUCUUUGAGUUCACCAAGAAGGUCUGAUCGGGACCCUUUUGGCUCGUCAUCGCCUGGUUCACGGGUCUUAAGCACUGCUUGCCCUCUGCCACCUGCUCAAUUUCAAUUCAGCCUUCCUUCCAAAUUGACCAAAGCAACUGACGUUCCAGCAUUUGCUUCCAAUAAUCACAGUCCUUAUAAAUACAAGGAUCCCACUUCAAAUGGGGUAAGCUCUCCAUUGCCUAGACUUUCAAGUGAAGCUUUCAAGGAAGAGGAUCAGUUGAGAAAUGAGAUUCACUCAUCUAAUCGCCAUAGCCCUUUGUCCCAUGAAUAUUCUCUUAGCACCAAGGAGCCAUCAUACAUGACCAAAUCUGAUGCAUUAGAGUCAGCAGACACUGGAGGUGACAUGAAAAAGGAUUUGAAAAGCACAGAAGCUCCAAGCAAUAGCAGCCAGUUUCACUUUUCUAUAUACAGAUGGGCAAGCAAAGGGGUACCACUGUUGAUGCCUCGUAGGAGAGGCUAUAGUCCAAAAUCAAAAGAGAAGGUUAAAACUGAAAGAUGCUUAAGCUCUAAUGGAAGGAUUGAAAGUGACAAUAUGGCUAGUGGAUUGUCAGCUAAUGAGUCCCCUAACACUGAAGGUAGGAAUCAAGAUGAAAGCUUAUGUCUUAAAACAAGCAUUGAAGAUAGGGUUGAACCUUUCCAUAUUGCUCUGGAAGCUGUUCUUUCCAUGCCAGGAUCAAAAUUCAUCAACAACAUUCCAGAUAUUGUUGAAACUGUAACUGAUGAUGCUAUCUCGAGUGACAAAAGAGAAGACAUAAAACCUCCUCAUUCUGUUUCUGACAUAGGUUUGUGUGCAAAUACAGAAAAACAAGUUGAUAUGAGUAUGCAUGAAGUUCAGAAAUCUGAGUUGAAGCCUCUGCGCUCUUUUCUCAUUGAGGAGCAAGGCAAUGGCGAGAUAACUAGAAAGUCUGAAGCCAAAGACCGCAUUGUGAAAGAGACUACAGUAUCUCACUCAAAUGCUCGCGUCAGUAAAAAUGUAAAGAAACGCGAUGAGAAAAGAAUUCAUUCAAAUAGAGCAGAAGUAAUUCAAGUGAAUGAACCUCUCUCACAAGGUGCAGGCAGAACAUCUGGAGAUAAUAUUGGGAGAAAUGGACUUGGGGGAAAGGUUAAAGAAUUUGUCAAAAUUUUCAACCAAGAAGGUACUUCAAAACCCAAAAUUGACACUGAAACUCGAAGAUGGAGAGGCACGGGCACAGACACUUGUGGAGCAGAUAAUGAAGGAAGUGCUAACACAACCCAAACAAAUGGAAAAAAACAUGUUCAUAACGCGAACAAGGUGAAAACACCACCAAAUGCUUCCAUCAUGGUAGACAAAAAUCUUGCAGGGUCUGAGAAACAGCAGUCCCACACAAAGACUACUGUCUUUUGUGUUAGUGACAAUUCUUUUGGUCAGAAAGAUGCCUCAAAAGCAAGUUCUGAGUCAAGUCCUGAUGGUUCUAAGGUUACAGUUGGAAACAUAGAUGAUCUCUUCCAAGAGAACUUCAUGAUAAAAGAAUUAUCUAAUGACGAAGACAAACCUCCAAACAUUGGGGAAGAUUACGAGGAUAUCCAUCAGAUUUCAGAUGCCAAAAUUUGGCAAUGGUCGAAUGGGAAAGAAGGAAACAUCCGUUCGCUGCUGUCAACUUUACAAUUUGUUCUUUGGCCUGGGAGUGGUUGGAAGCCUGUGCCGCUUGUUGAUAUAAUUGAAGGAAGUGCAGUGAAGAGAGCAUAUCAAAAAGCUUUACUCUGUCUACACCCAGAUAAGCUACAGCAGAAGGGUGUUGCUUCUCACCAAAAAUAUAUUGCAGAAAAAGUUUUUGAUAUUUUGCAGGAGGCAUGGGACCAAUUCAAUUCACUUAGUGCAAUAUGAUUAUUCAAUGCUCCGAUAGCAACAUGCCAUUUGAAGAGGACUAUGAUCGUGCGUGGUGUUAUUGGCAAGUGCACAUGUAAAUAUCAUUUUGAAUAUUCUGCAUAGAUAUAAACAAUUUAUUCUAUAGGGCAUUCACAAGCAUAAUCUUGUGAGUACUAGAAAAGUGAGGAAAACACUUCCCCCCAUACUUCUUAUGGUGAAUUGAAGUUGAUGCACCAUAAGAAAAGCAAAAUUAUAAAUACAUUGUUAUAAAGUUCUCUGGAAAGAAAUUUGGCGGACUUUGGCAUCUUGGAUCAUUGUGUGUUGGUUGAUCGGUAACUGGGAACAGUCACAGGAGAGGACUUGGGCAUUGGGAUGACAGAUUAAUAAGUAUUCUUUCAAAGCUUUGUAAGAAAAUAUGUGUGGAAUAUGCAGUUAAAUGAAUUUUAGGAGUUUCUUGCUCUAAAAGCAUACUGAAA